AUGAAUCCUCCUCGGCCCAGGUUGUUGUACAUGCGCCAGCACCGACUCCAGCCGGCGCUGCAUUGGGGACCCAACGAGGAGCAGCAUCACGAUUACGAUCGUUUCAUACCGCCGUUGGUAGCGGCGCGCUUACAGCACGAGAACCCCAUGGAUGUGGCUCGGUUCGUGCAGAACCUUCGGAUCAUUUUGCAGCGCCAGCGCGUCCAUUUCGACAUGGGCGAGGGCGAUGGGAUCCACGUGUGGAGCUGGCGCCUGCCGCCCCGGGCGAUCGAUCAGGAUGGCGGCGGCGAUGAUAUACGUCUGCGUCGACGGUUGCAGGCGCAAAUGCUGCCGGUCGUCCAUAGGCUGCCCGAGGCGGACUAA